AUGGCGGAACCCGCUGGGCAGGCGCCGCACGCCCCCUGCAGCAUCUGCAUGGAACCCAUGGCGCCGUCGGAGGCCCACCGCGGAGGCAGCGGGUGCGCGCACGCCUUCUGCCGGCCGUGCCUGGCGGGCCACGUCCGCGCCAAGGUGGAAGCCGGCGCCGCCGCCGUGCGGUGCCUCGACGCGUCCUGCGCCGGCGCGCUCGACCCAGAGCUGUGCCGCGCGGCCCUCCCGGGCGACCUGUUCGUGCGGUGGUGCCGCGCGCUGUGCGAGUCCAUGUUCAUGGGAGAGCGGCGGACCUACUGCCCUUUCCCCGACUGCUCCGAGAUGAUGGUGGCCGACGACGUGUCCGACGGGUGCGUGACGCAGUCGGAGUGCCAGGUGUGCCGGCGGCUGUUCUGCGCGAAUUGCCAGGUGCCGUGGCACGCCGGCGUGAGCUGCGCGGAGUUCGCGCGGCUUGGCGCGGCGGAGCGCGGCCGGGAUGAUCUGCUGCUCGUGGAGACCGCCAGGGAGUCGAAGUGGAAGCGCUGCCCGCGGUGCCGGUUCUACGUCGAGAAGUCCCAUGGCUGUCUGCACAUCACUUGCCGGUGUGGUUUUCAGUUCUGCUAUGGGUGCGAGAAGCCAUGGGAACUCAUACACGAUGGCUGUCCUGGGGAAUGA